UGGAUUCGCCAUGUUGGCUUUGGUUGCUGCUAAUGCUAAGUAUGGCGCUGGAUCUGCCCAAUAUGGCGCCGGAUCUGCCCAAUACGGUGCUGGAUCUGCCCAAUAUGGCGCUGGAUCUGCCCAAUACGGCGCCAGAUCUGCCCAAUACGGUGCUGGAUCUGCCCAAUAUGGCGCUGGAUCUGCCCAGUAUGAUGCCAGCAAUUACGACUCCUCUACCGUGGCCAAGAAUCUGAAUUUGUAUCAAGAAGAAUCCUACGCUCCAUCCAGCUACCAGAAAGGCGGCAAUGUCAAGGCCAGUGGUUCCAACUACGGAAAAUCUGAUAGCUACAAUUCAGCUUACACUGCCCAGCCAUCUGCUUACAAUGCCCAGCCAUCCGCUUACAAUGCCCAGCCAUCCGCUUACAAUGCCCAGCCAUCCGCUUACAAUGCCCAGGCAUCUUCCUAUGGCAGUCAAGAUUACAGUAAUGAUGCUGAUUACAAUCUUGGACAAUGUAAGUGCUUACAUAGUUGUCAUAUAAUUACCUUGUGGUAAUGCGAGAUAAAUGUGCAAUAUUCUUUUCCUUAGCUAUUAUUUGAUUUAUACAAUUUAAACUUGACAGAAUAUGAAAAUAAGUUCUUCGAACGAAAGAAGGAAUCGGUAUAUAUAGCAAUGUAAACAUUGCGAUGUAAAUAUAUUGCAUCUAUUCGCCAGACGAUGGAGUAGCUAUGUAUUCAUACACUUCGAGUAGUUGCUCACUAGGUCAAUCAUAGAAUGACACUCUCGACUGCAUUUCUCUGCGAUGUAAAUAUAACUUUUCAAAUAUAGCUAUUUAAAAGUAGCUAUGUAAAUAAAUGUAAGUAAAUAUAGAUAUGUAAUUAUAGCUAUGUAAAUAAAUGUAAGUAAAUAUAGAUCUGUAAUUAUAGCUAUGUAAAUAUCUAUAACCUUUAGGAUCCUUUUUUAUUCUAUAAAAUGUUUAACUUUUUUUUCCAUGUAUCAAUUAUGUACAUACAGUUGACAUAGUUGAUUGUUCUGGUAUCAAACAUAAGACAUAUAAUGGACACUAUUGCUGUUUUAUGGACCAAAAUUUAACAUAUACUAAUAUAUGGAAUACAGUAAUUUAUUUGCUAAUGAAGUUCAUAUAAAUGCCAUUAGGAGAUUUCAGACCAGUGGAUGUCCAUGUCCUCUUUUCACUGUCUGGUAAACCCACAUCACUACAUCAGAGAACACGGUAGAUGUAAAUUUGACUCAGACACAGACAAGCCCAUGUAAACUAAGUCAUACUUUAUUCCUACUGCUCUAUCUAAUGUUGGAAAUAAGCGAGACUAAGUUUGGGAAAAUCUGAAGAUAAGAACGCAGCAAAACAACGAACGUGUCGGCAAGAAGCCUUCGUCGGCGAACAAACAACAGUAAAAAAGAGAACUAAAAUAACAUUUAGCUGAAAUGUAGUAUCCGAGGGGACACCAAGAGGAAUGUGACACAGUACGUCAAGACGCGAGAUAAGCAGUGUCCCACAAAGUGGCAAAGGAUUUUACUCUCAGUGCAAUCGUGUCCUACACAAACACAACAAGCCGUGUGAAUUUAGAGAACAAACUGAUCCAGGCUUCUCUUUCGCUUAUUUCAAUGUUUCUCCUCUUAUUGUAGUCUCUCCCCUUUGGUGCCAUUUGUGUUAGCUUCAUGUUUUAUCCAACCAGACCCAUGUGGACCUCAAGACGAAGGCAAGACCUACGCCGUUGUUGGACUGUGUUACGGAUAUUACGAGUGCUACUAUGGCGAGUCUCUCUACCGUCAAUGUAACAACUACUACAGUUUCGAUGCCUACUCUGGCAAAUGUGUCGCUGACAACACUUGCGCUUACGGUAAAAUUGUGAUUUUACAAUGUUUUUUUUUAAAAAUAAGUUGAGUUAAAAUAAUAUUAUUUUAUUGUUCCAAAUAAAUGCCAUGUGUUUUGAUGACAUUGUAUAUGUUCAUAUUGAUGACAUUGUAUAUGUUCAUAUUGAUGACAUUGCAUAUGUUCAUAUUAAUGACAUUGUAUAUGUUCAUAUUGAUGACAUUGUAUAUGUUCACAUUCAGCACAUGGAUAGAUCCUCCAAUUGGAUUUAUACUUGUAAAAACACAUUUAGCUUUCAAUAAUUAUUUCAGCGAUUUAGUUCAGAAACUAUCUCAGUAGAAUGUUCAUAUAUAUCAAUAUCUAUCUCUACAUUAGUCAGUCUACUUCAACUGAUGAAUAUAUCUAUCUCUACAUUAGUCAGUCUACUUCAACUGAUGAAUAUAUCUAUCUCUACAUUAGACAGUCUACUUCAACUGAUGAAUAUAUCUAUCUCUACAUUAGUCAGUCUACUUCAACUGAUGAAUAUAUCUAUCUCUACAUUAGUCAGUCUACUUCAACUGAUGAAUAUAUCUAUCUCUACAUUAGUCAGUCUACUUCAACUGAUGAAUAUAUCUAUCUCUACAUUAGUCAUUCUACUUAAACUGAUGAAUAUCAAAUUAGAUAAUUAUUUUUAUUUUAGACUUAGCUUUUUAUAUCAUGCAGAGUUCAGAGCAAGGCAAAAAAAAAGAUUUAGAAAAUAUAUAUUUAAAAAAAUAGUACGACUUUAUAACAUUUUUUUUAAAUUUUUAUUCUAGUUGCUCCAAGCACUUAUGACAACAUCGGAUACAAUGCCAACAGUGGAUACAAUGCCAACAGCGGAUACAAUGCCAACAGUGGAUACAAUGCCAACAGCGGAUACAAUGCCAACAGUGGAUACAAUGCCAACAGCGGAUACAAUGCCAACAGUGGAUACGCCAGUGGCAGCUAGGCUAGCAGCAAUUAUGGCAAGAACUAUUGAGAGUGGAGUGGAAGCUCGUCACGAUGACAUGAACAUAGCAGAUGAAGUACAGCGUGUGAAGAUUAUGACAGAUGGCAAUCUUAGAUUAUGACAGAUGGCAAUCUUUGUACGAGUGUCAACUUGCUCAGCAUAUCAUGUUUAUUUAAAGAACGACUUCACUUUAUUAAGUUCGGU